UCUUCUUUCAAAGGCAUCCGAAUCGCCGCCUAUUUUUUGCUGUUGUUGUAAUACAUCAAGAUCCAUCAAGUGGGCGAAGAUCUACGACAAAACAAGUCCACACACAAAAACGCUUCACCGUAACUGGAAUAAUAUCUUCAAAUUGCAGUGGCAUGUUUCCUCAAACAUCAUACGAGCCCCAAUAGGGAACAGUGAUGCAUCCGACAGUGACAAUGUAAAAUCAAAAGAAAUCAUCUCAAACUUCCAUCAUUCAGCCGCACCGGACGAGGUGUUUGAGACGUUGCUCGUUUUUAUUGUUUUUUUUUUUUCUUCCGUGCCUUUUUGUGCCAAAAAAAAAAAAAAAAAAAAAUUCAUUAAUCAGUAACCUCGUGGCUUACUGUAAUCGCCAUGUUGCGCGCCCGAAAGAAGGAUGUGCGCAUCAAACCCAACCGGAAGCUGGACAAGCGGUCCUCGCGGGGCAUGCUCUACGAGAACGAAGAGCUGCGCCUACGUACGAUCGAGAUCAACGCCGAGGUGGAACGCGGCCAGACGGACAUUAAGAAGCUCCGCAGGGAGAACGACCACCUACGGCGGGAAAUGUGGGCCCUGCGCGACGAGUACGAGCGGCUGGAGAAGCUCAUCAAGCACCUCGAUCUGGCCGGCACCGGAUCGGAGCAUCAUCAUCACAGUCAGCAUCCAUCGGACGGCGAGGGCGGAGCUGGAACAGAGAGGGAGGAUGAUGACGACGGUGAUGAUGAUGAUCGAGCUAGUCCAAGUAUCAAUGGUCGUCAUAGCAAUUCGGAAGGUAGCGACGACGAGGACAGAGAUGCCGAUGAGAAGGAGCCGGGCGAAGGAGUACCGAUGGCCAUAAGUCGAAGCAAAUCACAAUCGGCCAUGACAGGUGACUUCAGACAUUCGACAUCAGCACCGACAGCUUCCAACUCCGACCUCGAUGCCACUUGUUAUUGCAAUGAAGCCGCGCUGGCUACGGCUAAUUGCGACCGUCAUCGAGUCGGCCUGGGUGGAGGAGCUGUUUACGUUGAGUGCGGCAAUCCAGUCAAGGACAACAUCGAGAAUUAUCAGAAAGCCUACGGAAGAAUGCCGCGGCGGUGCAGUUCAGCCGGUGCUAAAGUUUACGUGGCUACUCAACACUUUCAUCCGCACGUACCGUCUCAGCCAGCGGCCGUUUCGUCGCCAGUGGACGCCACCAGUCGGGUGUGUUACGAGAGCCUUUCGGCCGUGAAGAGCCGGUACAGCACGAGUGGGAUGGAAGACGAAGACGGAUACGCGGCUUGUUCUCAUCCAGUGCGCGUAGACUUGCGUGAUUUCCUUCAUCCUGUCGAUCAUCCGUCCGAGUGUGCGAAUCAUUUCACAGUGGAGGCGAGCACAAGUUUGAUGCCUCCGAACACUCCUCCGCCGCCCGUUCCAUCCGCGGCUGCCACCACGAUCAUCACGACGGCCAUCCACCAUCCCGUGCACGGCCGAGAAGGUGUGGAAGAGGUGGCCGAGGAAGGUGAGAGCAGCGGCGUUGAAGCAGAGGAUGAGCCUACGGCUCACAUCGGCGAAGGUGGGGGCAUUCCACCGGACACGCCCAGCGAGGAUGGUGAUUUCAAUUUAGACCACCUGGUCAACAUUGUCCGCAGUUUCCAGCAGGAGCAGGAACUCCAUCAGAGCGGACUGGUCGUGGCCACCUGUUCAGGUUCACCAACGACGCCGUCGACGCCGAACGUCUUGAUGGAGGAAGCCGAGGAUGACGCGGGUAGCAAUUACUCGUCCAGUCCUGGAACGAGCGGAAUUGCCACAAUCAAACGCCGGCCCAUUUCUGGGAUCAAUCAGCAACAGCAGCAACGACAUCGGCAGAUGGCCAUCAUCGAAAAAGAUGCGGCCAGCCCGUUGGCAAUGGAUGUCGCGUCAGGGACAAUACGUCCAUCAAGAGCCAUAGUGGAAUCGUGUUCGACGGAUAUCGGCGUUGGCGAUAGCGGCGGAUCGUCGACCUUCGCACAACAGGCCGGAAGAGUUGCUGGAUGGUCGUCGAUGCCGCAACGCCGGAAUUCCUUUUCAUCGUCGUCCUCGUCGUCGGCUUCCGGCUCUCCGACGGCCACUCAUUCCAGCACUGUCGUCUUCCUCAACAACAACAACAACAAUAAUAAUAACAUCAACAACAAUAAGAAAUUGGCCGGAAGUAGCGGGUAUUUGGGGCGUGGUGGCGUCGUUCAAGGUCAACCCGACACGACCAUGGCCGUCACUGCGUCCAGUUUCUCGACGACGACGACGACCACCAUUGACGGUAUCGUGGUGACAUCGACCCGCAAAAGCACAUCACCCAUCCGCAUCGUUCAUCCGUCGCACGUCUUACCUGCUCCGCCGCCCAUUUCCAGUUACGACGUUCCUCGAGCGCUGCAACCGCCAAUGGCGCUGACCAAUCACGGCCAUUCCUUCGGCGGUGCGUUGAGCCGCCGACGAGCCGACGAAACGAACCGAGGCCUUGGCGAUGCGAAUUGUCUGAGCGUCUAUCCUCUGCCGGACGGCGAUGCUUCCGCCUCGCUGCUCCGCCUACACGCCGUCGAUCCGCACACGGUCAGCUUCGAUACUAAGGAGCUGACAGCGGUCAAUGCCCGGUCCGUCACUGUUCAGGAGGUGAUCGAUCAAUUGGAGCAGCAGCUGGAUCCGACUCGCUGUCACGUCCGCGGCGUCCGUAUGUUGGCCGGCUCGCUCUUCUUCAUUAGCCUCGACUCGGCCCGUUCGCUCCAGUAUCUGCUGCGACACUCGUUCCGGCUCAGGGGCCAUCGAGUCCGGCUGACGGACGUUUCGGCCCAGACUUGGGUCGUCUCCCUCACUGGCGUCCCGCACUACAUUAGCGACGCCACCGUGUCGCUCCUCUUGGCCGCUUUCGGUACCAUCGUCGGCGACGUUGAGCGCCGCUUCUUUCGCGGCGUCGACACCGGGGAGCGGCUCGUCCGCUUCCGCCUCAAAGGACACGCCAAGUUGCCUAGACACAUCACCGUCGGUGGAUGCCGGAUUCAAGUCCGACGGAUGUCACCGGCGCCCAACUCUUCGCAACGCGACCAUUCGGCUAGCGGAGGGUUCGGUACGAGUUCCAGCAACGCUUCGCAUCCGACCGGAAUGAAUCGACGCGUCAAACUGGAGUCGCAAAACGAUGCGGAGAACUCGGAUUUCGCUUUCAGUUCGACAGCGGCCGAACCAGGCACGUCGUCGUCGAUGGCCGUCGAGAGCCAUUACGGAACUAUACAAUCGGCCUCGGCGGAAAUGGGACGCAAAUACAUGCCUAAAAUCGGCCGCUCGUUCGAGUACAGAAGUCAGUUACGAGUGGAUUUGAGGAUGUCGGCUGAAGUGCCUGUCCCUUCUCUUUUGAAUGACGAACGGGCGUCGUCACCAGGGCCAUCAGCAUCUGUGGCCCCAGGCAGCCGAGUUCCUCCGACGCCCAAUUGCCUGUUGUGCGAACAGCAACAACAGCAGGCCGCCCCGGCUCUGUCAACGCCAGCCGGUUUGCAGCCGCAAAUAAGGCCGCAACUAGCACCGCCGCAAACUUCAACGUCGCAGACGAUGGUCAUCCAUCGAUGCCGACAUCACGAAGCUCCCGCUGUAUCUUCUCCGGUUGGCGUUCCAGCGCCUGUGGCGGCCACUGUGCCACCGGCUGAAGGUCGAUUGCAUCGCGAAUCUCCGCCAAAGUCGCGCGUCUCGGUCAACUUUGACGAGACGGCCGCCGCAUCGUCCGGAAGUCGGGUCAGCUCCGGAACCGGAACUGGCCGUCCGAGUAAUACGAAAACAUCGACGUCGACUGCGUCUAAUGGGAUCCUACGGAAGAGUGUCUCUGGCGAGGAGCCGCCUCCUGAAAGCGGAAAUGACGGGGGCAACUCGGCGGCCGGAUCCGCGGAAGGCGGCCAGGGCGGCAAGGGCAAGAACGGCCUCCGGCUGGCCACGGCCAAGAAGACGGCCAGGAGCUUCUCGUUGGUCGACACCUUUCGGGUCAAUAAGGAAAGGCGCAAGCCGGUCGUCCGCGUCGAAACGGUCAUCGAAAACACGUCGGCGGCCAAUCCGGAAGAAGGCGUCAGGACGCUCGUCGUCCGGCGCGAUUCGGCCGAGAGUAGUAGCAGGAGUAGUCGGAGUAGUCGCAAGAGCAACGAGUUACCCUGGUGCGGAUGUUGGGGCAACGGCUGCCUCUAGAAAAAAAAAAGGAAUCAAACUUCUUUUUUUUGCAGACUCUCGGCGUUUUUGAUAAAAGGGAGCAAUAUUCUUGCCAGAGGAAAACGAAAAAGAGUUCGAGGAGGGCGGAAUCGUGUGACGUCCAUGUAGGAAAAAGCAAAAAAGAAUAGCAUAUAGCACACCGAUCCAAAUAGAAACGAAUGAAAACACACCGAGUCCCGCGUUCCAAUGUUUUUGGCACGGUGGUACGCUCUUAUCCAUCAUCUGGCUGGCGGAAUGCUGAUUGGAUAGUCAAUAUGAAAGCAGGGCCCUGGUGUAGCGCUGGCGGGUAUUGGGCGGCAAAACUCAAACACGUCAAAAAACCGACAACAAAAGCUGGCCAACAAAAGAAAAAUAUAUAAUAUGUGUGUGUAUA